GAACAAAUAAUGAGGAAGUCCAAAGGCAAUGUCAAAGAUUGGGCUGCAAACAAACUUUUAACCAAACAAGAUUGGCGAUCAUUGGAAAGGGUUUUAAUUCCUUUGAACAUUGAAAACAAGCAUUGGAUUUUGGCUGAAGUUGUCAUUGAUAAGAAGCGGGUUAGGGUUUAUGACUCAAUGAAGACGGCAAGAAGUGUAUUUUAUGUUAGGGAACUGUGUGAACGCCUGCCCUACCUCCAUCGGGUCUUUACGAUGUCACUAGAAGAGGGUGAAACACAACCAUGGGUUGCUGAGUUAGUUGAGAGUGUUCCCCAACAGGGUGGAGGGUAUUAUAUUAAACUUUAUUUACAUUACAUAUAUUGUCUAUCACCUUAUGGUAAAUGUCUGUCUUAUUUUUAAUUGUCUGUCUACAGGUCAGGAGAGUGCGGAGUGAUGAUUGCAGCGUUUGCAGAGCAUCUUUUAAUGGGAAAGGACUUGCUUCCAGGUUGUGAGUAUGCCAACAUGUGGAACAAGAGAUGUCAAUAUGCUGUUCGAUUGUGGGGAUUGAAGAAGGUGGAGGAAUCAUAAGAAUUCUUCAUUAGCUUGGGAAGCCUAUUUUUGCCGGUUAAUAGUCCAGCUUUGCAAACACUAUGAAUUUCCCUGUACGAUGUGUGUGGAACUUUAUGUUUUUAUUUUUGUAUAAGUUGCAAACUAUACAAAGGUGGCAUUUGAGAAAAAGCGGUUACAUGACGAUAAUUUCAGCAAAUGCAAUUAAGUUUUUGAUGUUAA